AUGGCAGCACAGCUCCAAACCGCCGUCACUGAACGGCCACUUCUCGCAGCAGCCGGAGCAUUAGGUCUCAUCUUCGCCACCAUUGCAUACCAAGACUACCGACACUACGUUUCAUUAGGACCGCACGGUCUCCCCCCAACCUUCUGGGGCUGGUACACACAGCUCAAAAUGACCCGCAUGUCCCGCAAGGACGUCACAGUGCCCGCACCAUAUAAUAUCGACACGGUGGCAGGUCCCCACGACAAAGAGAAUUUCCUCCCACAGGAUGCUGCGCGCGCCUUAAAGUGGCGACCCGGAAACAAAGCACCGCAGAUCCCGAACUUCGUUGCUCCUCAGCGACAGACGAGCGAUAUUGCUAGCGACGAGAUGAAGCAGGCUAUGUAUACUUAUCUUGACACACUAGUUGCGUCACACGGCGCUGUCCUCCAGACACAGAAAUCGGUCCUGGAGGGUCCCGUGCCCGCCGUAGGCAUCAAGGGCUUUGCUUCGCUUUCUGAUGCCGAGAAGCCGGUUGUGUAUCGUUCAACACGGGGAGAGAUCAUCCACAUUCAUCCUCCAGAUGGUAGCACGCAUUUGAUAAUGAGUCUGGCGGAUCAGAAGAGUGUCAUUCAGACGGGAUGGGGGAGGAGGCAUAGGUUGAGUGGUGGCGGGAGGCUACCUUGGGGUUACACUUUUGCAUAUGCGCCGAGGAACGAGAUGGAGUUUGAGGUUUGGAAGACGCUUGUAGGAUCGGCGGUGGAGUUUUGUUUGGCGAACAUGGGUACGAAUGCGGAUGGGAAGUGA